GCGACGAGUACCAAUAGUACGUAUGUUACUUGUAAGAGCACAUAAGCUCUUGAUAUUGACAUGACAGUGCUAAUUAAUGGCAUAAGUAGACUAAAUACUUAUCUUUGAAGAGUAGAAGGUAGAAUGGCCUGCCCUAACUUAUCCGUCAAGGUGGAUCGGACCAGGGCUGCUGAAGGCGCUGUGGAUCUUGUGAAACGAAUCAAGCCUGACUGGUGCAAGCCUGGAUUAGAACUGGUCACGAAAACCUUCACGGAUGGCAUAACGAAUGUGCUGGUGGGUGUAAAAAGGAAGGGUGACGAUGAGAAGGAAAUGCUACUGGUGCGAGUGCAUGGCAACAACACUGAGCUGAUUAUUGACCGGGAACGAGAAAUCAGAACGAUUCGCAUGCUGGAACAGAAAGGCUGCUCCCCACCAUUAUAUUGCACAUUCGAGAAUGGUAUUUGCUAUGGGUUCGUUCCUGGCCAGCCAGUCAGUUUAUCAUCUGUGCGAGAUCCAAGCGUUGUGCCUCUUGUCGUCAAAGCUAUGGUCAAAUUUCACUCAGUGGCUGGACUUGGUGAUGGCGAAGAGCCCGUUCUAUUCAAUACAAUGGAAUCCUGGCUGAAACUCCUACCCACUGACGGUGGCUUGGACGAUAACAAGCAGAAACGGUAUCUUGAGCUGUGUGCUAAAGUCGAUAUUGAGCGAGAACUGGGCUUGCUCAAGGAGCGGCUGCUACAACUGCGAGUGCCGGUGGUCUUCUGCCACAACGACUUGCUGCUAGGCAAUGUCAUACACAACCGUACAGAUGAUUCCGUUGCCUUCAUCGACUUCGAGUACGGUGGUCUCAACUACCGAUCUUACGACAUCGCUAAUCACUUCUGUGAAUAUCCCGGAACGGAGAAUGUGGAUUACAAGCACUAUCCUGGCAGAGAGCACCAGCUGGACUUUAUUCGGCUCUAUCUAGAGGAGACUGCACGGCUAAAAGGUGGCGAGGCACCCGUUACGAUACCUACAGCCGACGUGGAGCGGAUGUACGUCGAAGUUAAUCAAUUCACACUGGCAUCGCACAUGUUCUGGGGCAUCUGGGCCGUCAUCCAGGCGGUCUACUCCGAAAUCGACUUUGAUUACAUUGGCUACGCGCAUACACGGUUUGACGAGUAUCUCAGACGCAAAGACGAGUUUCUGUCCUUGUCCACGUCUCCCUGAGCGACGAAUCAUUUAGUCAUGAAACAUCCCAGCCAGCAAAUUGGCUUAGAAAUGAAACCUUGUUCAAUUUUUUUUUCAAUUUACUUCAAACAAAACUAUUCACUAGUUGAGGAAUCCGAAAAAAAGUUUGUAGAUUCUCAUGUGUAUGAAUGCAAUGCAAUCUUCACGAAAUACACCUCUCACAUUCCAACAGGCUUGCUGGCAACUACUGCUACCAGUAUUUAUUCUUCUUCGCUAUGAAACUCAGAGUUACUUUUAUUUAUAAAAAAAACUCCACAUUCAUUGCUUUGCUGGGCUAGUAUUAAAAUAAUAUUAUGAAAAAAGCGUUUAGACUUGUGACACUCAUGCUUAUCAGUUAUACUGUCAAUACUUGCUUGCUUUUUAAAGUGAUAAUUAGAUGGCUGUGUAAAAA